CUGAUAUCUUUUGUACUUUUGAAAUGGGAAUGUUUUUACUCCCUAAAAUUACAUUUUUAUGUUCUCUCUGCAGCUGGCAGAAUGGUAAUGACGGAUCUGUUAAAACCGGAGGAGAUCAAGAAAGCUCUUGAUGCCUUUAAAGCAGAAACAUUUAACCCCAAGAAAUUUUUUGAAAUGAUCGGAAUGAAGGCCAUGUCAGCGGAAAAUGUCAAGAAGGUUUUUCUGGUUCUCGACGUGGAUGGCAGUGGAUUCAUAGAGGAGGAGGAGCUUAAGUUUGUACUGAAGGGUUUUUCUAAGGAUGGAAGAGACCUGACUGACGCAGAGACAACAGCAUUCCUCCAAGCUGCGGACAAAGAUGGGGAUGGAAAAAUUGGGAUUGACGGUGAGAGAGGGGAGUUAAAUCCCCAGGUUGUGAAAAAGCUAACUUCAACUUUUGACACGGCUUCGUGCCUCGAGAGAAAAACUGAAAAACACAUUCUAAAAAAAGCAAAUGGUCCUUAA